AAAAUGUGAAUAAUGUUGUGUACUUGCAGGUCCAUUGUAUCACAUGGGAUGGUAUCAUCUAUUUUACCAAUACAAUCCAGAUUCAGCAGUGUGGGGCAACAUCACAUGGGGUCAUGCCGUAUCAAGGGACCUGAUCCAUUGGCUCUAUCUCCCAAUCGCAAUGGUCCCUGAUCAUUGGUAUGAUGCCAAUGGUGUGUGGACCGGGUCCGCUACGAUAUUGCCAGAUUGCAAAAUCGUAAUGCUCUACACAGGUGAUAUUGUUGAUGCUGUGCAGGUGCAAAAUCUUGCCUACCCUGCCAACCUAUCUGAUCCCCUCCUCUUGGAUUGGGUCAAAUACCCGGAUAACCCGGUCUUGAUCCCCCCAAUUGGAAUUGCAAUAGAUGAGUAUCGGGACCCGACCACUGCAUGGCUUGGACCCGAUGGAAAGUGGCGGGUCACAAUCGGGUCUAAGGUCAAUAGAACGGGUAUUUCACUUUGUAAUGAUAGUUUCCAAUGA